AUGGCCUCCUGGGGCCAGGCGGCUUCAUUGCCACCAACACCACAGCGACCCAUACGGCCACAGCCCGUCUCCUUUAAGGCCUUCACUGAGGGGAGUGACGACUCGCACUUUUCCUCUUCAUCAGAUACUUCGCCCAAGUCUGAAGUGUUCCACUUUCCCAUGUUGUCCGCUACCGGCGAACUGCUCCCACCACCUACCGCACCCGCUUCGCCUUCGCCUCGGCGACUUUGGGGCGAGGUGUCCGACAACGGCGUCUUACCUAUCAGGCCGUUGCCGUCCCCACCUUCACAGACGUCCUCCCCAAUGACGCCAACCGGAGGCUUGCAUUUCACGUCAUUCGACUUGCCACCAGCUGCACUCAAACAGAACCCGGAUGACUCGUAUUCCUUUUCGGAUUACAAUGGAGCCCCUCUUCUGCCCCGCACCGACAGCUACUUUCCCAACAACGAAUACCGAACCGGCACGGCAGUCAUCUACCGAGCAACUGCUGGUAACGACACCUCAUGA